AUGUGUGCAGUACAAUGUCGCAAAAAAGGUUAUGAUGCAGUGCUAGAGGGCACACAAAUCCUGCCAAACGGUGAAAACUUAUUGGUACUCCGUACGGUACAUAAUAUAUCAUGCACCAUUUCGUCAACAUUUUAUCCUCAAAUGGAUGCGUUGAGUUGUGUACGUUCAUGUAACAGGGAAUUCAUGGGUGAUGGUUGGUGUGAUUUUCAAAACAAUCGCGGUUAUUGUGGUUGGGAUGGUGGCGAUUGCUGCGCGAGUACAGUACGUGGUGGACGUGUUCGUUUGAUGUUCCCCUCUUUAUGCACUUCAAUUCUGUGCCAAUGUAUCGAUCCAUUUGCUGCGGAAAACAUGGUAUCUAGCAGUGGUACCAGUAAUCCCAGCAACGCAUUACGUGAGCGUAAGAGCACAAUAAAACGUACAAUUCGAUAUGGACAUGAUUCCAUUACUGAACCAGUGCUGUAUCGAAGUGCCUUUGUGGACGCUUCUCCGGAUACGUUCACAGUUUCGCUAGCGGAUGCAGCUUUUCUAUCACGGAAUAGCGUACAUCUGGAUCGAAUUCGAGAUUCAACUCAACAUCAACAACGCGACAAUAAACCAAGAACUAUAUCAACAAAGAGUGCCAAAGACUGGGAGGCGAUCAAGCGAUCUGUGGAAAAUGCACUGACAGUAUAUCAACAGCAAUUCAACAACAAAAUUUGA